CAUUUGGAGGGGGCAGAGAUGGGCCAAAUAAAUAAAACGACGCAGUUUUCAAGGCUUAACGUAAAAUAAUAAUAUUCGACCACCUGGGCGUCGAUUGUUGCCUGCUUCAUCGGGCUCUUAGGGUUUCUCAAGCAAGGCCUAAACCCUAGUAUUUUUGCGCAGUGGCCGAAGGAAAAGCUCUACGCCUGUUCAAAUUGAAGUUCCCUCGAGAAAUCGAAUAUUAUAAAGAAGAAGGAAAAUGGGUAAAUGCCCGAACCGAAAGGUGAAGAAGAGGAGGUUAUCACACAAGACUGCUCGCCGCACUAAAUUUCUCGUCAAAGGCGAGGACGCCGUUUAUGAGGAGCUGCAGAAGCCGGAUUCAGACAAGAAGACCCUACCCUUUGACGAGAAUUUACCGGGCAUGGGUCAAUAUUAUUGCAUACACUGCGAUGUAAAACUUAUGAUGGGGCCUGCACCGCACACUCAACUCGAUGCAGAGUUAGCUGCUGGGAUGGGCAUGCCAGACAAUGGACCAAAGCUCAUGUCAAUCUGAGCAUUAUGUUUUCUUUAGUAUGUGAUCCAAGUAUUUAGGAAGAUAAACAAGCCCUUGCCGCAGAAGGGUGUGUGUAAAAAUUGCCUUUUUCUUAAUUGUUAUUUAUCUUAUGGCAAAAGAAAUGUUAAAUCAGUUUUGUUCUGCAGCUAAUUAUGUCUCUUGAUAGAACAUUUCUUCUGGUAGGUCAGAAAGUGAUAAAAAGUUAAAUGAAUAGUAAAAACAUGGAACAUGCUUUGGAUUA